AUGAGGAAAAACUCAAACCCCUUCAACUCACCCAACUCUCCAGCAUCCAGCUUCCCGGACUCAUACCCUUUGAUCACAAGCAGAAGACACCUCUCGAAUCUGAGCAGGCCUUCAGACAUCACCAACUUGAAUUACGAGAGAUCCAGAAAGGAUUCGCCCUCCAAGCGUCACAUCCUGCAGUCUGCAGCGGAAAUAUCCAAGGCAGAUGUGUACACGCGCUUGUAUAACGGAUCAAAGCCAAAACCCUCACUACAUCACGAUGGUACUCACCAUCAACCUUCACAGCAGAGCCCUUCCAAUGCGCUUCGGCGGAGCUUCAGCUCGCUCGAACUCCAGAAGGAGAUUCCCAAGAUCCGGAGCUUGUCUCAUUUGUAUGCCACGAUAUAUGACGAAGACCCCAGUUUGUUUGAAGACGUGGAGUCCACAGAGUUCUGCUCCAACGAGUCUAAAACAGUAGAAGAACUCACCAUCGAAGGCUCGAGUGAGACAGAGACGUCGCUAGACGUUUACGAAAGAGGCGAGUUGUUGAGGCGGAAAGAUAUCUACAUACUUCCUGAUAUCCAUAGUCAGGGUCAUCGAAGCAUAAACAUCAGGAACCACAGCAAUAACUAUGGGUUUGACGACAAAACCGGCAACUAUGUGGUUAUUCCAAACGACCAUAUCAAGUAUAGGUACAGGAUUUUGUCUGUGUUAGGAAACGGAUCGUUUGGGAAUGUGGUGAAAUGUCUUGAUAAAAAGUAUACUGACCCCAAGAACCAUAAAGACAAGGUAGUUGCCAUUAAAAUCAUCAAAAGUGAUAUCAACUGGUCCCUUCAAGCUGUUUAUGAAAUUAAGAUGUUGAAACAUUUGAACUCCCACAAGACAGUCGUUGAGGGUAACACCUAUGCUCUGGAAUAUGCAACUUCAGAUUGCCCUGUGCUCAAAUACUACGAUCACUUCCACUUCAGAGGCCAUAUGUGCAUCGUCAUGGAACCACUAUCGGUGAACCUAUUCACUAUGUUGGAGAUCAUCAAGUUCCAAGGCUUGUCACUCCCGGUGCUACAGCUUUUUGUAAAGAAGAUUUUAAGAGGACUCGAGUACAUUCACUCAAUGAAUAUUUUGCACUGCGAUAUCAAGCCCGAAAAUAUUAUGAUCAAGUUCCCCCUGGCAGCUCUGUUGGAUGACGUUACCGAGGAGUCUUUGGUGGUGAAAAUCGUUGAUUUUGGGACAUCGUGUUUCGUCAAUGAGAUCUCGUAUUCCUACAUCCAAUCGAGAUUCUACAGGGCUCCUGAAGUCAUACUCGGAGCCAGGUAUGAUAAGAUGAUUGAUAUAUGGUCCCUUGGGUGUAUUGUAACCGAAUUGUUUACUGGAGAUGCAUUACUUCCAGGCAAAAAUGAGUUGGAGCAAAUAGCCCUUAUACUCGAGCUUUUUGGUGCCCCCAAUAGUGGCCUUAUUCUACAACAAAGACAUAGCUUAUUGAGAUCUAUGAAAGAGCAAACUGCUGUCAACAAGUUUGACGAAAGAGCCAGCGUCAACAAUUCUAAUAUACUAAACAGUGGAGGAGCUGAUGAGAAGUCUAUAAAAAAAACCCUUCUUUAUACUUUUUUUGAUAUGGAGGGAAGAAUUAAUAUUCAGUUCUUGAAUAUGAGAAUCCAAGCAGCUCAAAAUAUUGCGGGUGGAACCACCAAUGGCCGGAAGACUUUCAAAAUUGCCUCAAGAAACUUGGAGAUGAGAUUGAGAUUGAGAUCAUGCCGGGAAGACCUGAAGAAGUCGGAGUCGUUCAUAAAGUUUUUGUCAAAAAUCUUCAAGUGGGACCCCAACCAGCGUACGGAUGCAUCUGGGUUGCUCCAAGAUCCCUUUCUCACUGAUUCUGACUGAACUCAUUUGCAGCCAUGUUUACCAAAUAUUAAAAAGUACAUUUCAAACAAAAUAAAUUUAUCACGAAAUACACGGACAACUAACAUAUCAACUUGUCUCUGCUCUUUUACAGUUCUGCUCUGGCCAUCGUCAACCCUUCAAAAAAAUUAAAUUGCGAAUUCUGUGGAUCGAACACAGGACCUUCAGAUUAACUGCGACUGGAGUGUAACUUCAGUCUGACGCUCUCCCAACUGAGCUAAAUCCGCGAGUAC